AUGAUCUAUCAAAGAAGUCAGUUCAAAAGGUACAAGAAGAUGAGUAAUUUCGAUGUGAACCAAUUUUUAAAACGUCUCGAGAGCUCGGGGUUUUUUCGUGUUUUUGCGGCGGUUUUCUGAUAUCGUCCUUGACGAUUUUUUCGGCCAUUUCCAGAAAAUCCUUGCCCAGCCCGCGUUCGCCUCAUGCUCAAUCCAUUUGUAUGGACAUUGUGAAGUGUUCCAACGCAGCAGGCCGCCAAACGCAAUCGUUGUCCACGAUAAAACGGGGUUUUAUGGCGACAGGAUGGAUCCAAACUGGAAGAAUGUCGACGAAGACGAGAUUAGUGGUAAGUGGCGCCCUAAAAUUAUGCUUUCUUCCGCGUUUAGAUGAUGUCGAGACUGCGAGCGCGAUCAUGGAGAGCUGCGCCGGCUUCUACAGCUCCUACGAAUGUAAGGAGGUGCUGGGGCAUGGGAUCGCGUCCACCGUGCGCCGUUGCAUCGAGAAGAGUACGGGUCAAACGUUUGCGGUGAAGAUCGUGGACAUCUCCACCGAACGCCAGAACGAGAUGGAAGCCAAGAGGUUGGCGGAGGAGACCAUGUCUGAAAUAAAUUUGCUCAGGCAAUUGGCUGGACAUCCAUCCAUUAGUAAGUAGCUAGAGCAAUAUGAUUUUUUUUUGUUUGUUCAAAUGGAAGAUUUCUUUAUACGGCUUACUUAUGAUGUAAGCCUUUCAUAAUUGUGGCUUUUCUGCCGUUGCGCUUUAUCCUUUGGAGGAUUAGCUAGCUUGACAAAAGUCAGCGAGCUGAUUUUUGUCAAAAAUAUUAUUCGGAGAUGGUCGUAAACGAAUGUAAUAAUAAUGGUAAAGGCUUGAAUAGACAUUUAAGGACUGCAUUAUAUAGUAGUUUUUUUUCUGUUUUUAGUACUUAUCCACGAUUUCUACUCCACGCCGACCUUCCUCUUCGCCAUCUUCGAGAUGGCACCGGGCGGCGAACUCUUUCACUUACUUAACAAAAUGGUGACAUUCAGCGAGAAGAAGACCCGCCAAGUCAUGAAGCAGCUGUUUGACGGUGUUUCUUACAUGCACAGCAAAAACAUUGUACAUAGAGAUUUAAAGGUAAGCAUUUUGUUUGUUUUUCUUUGCUUUUAGGUAAAAAUUGAUGUCAUAUGGAGUUGUGAACUGUAAAAGGAAUAAAAGUCUUAUCUUUCAGUUGGAAAAUAUCCUUUGUAUUGACGAUCAUCGAGUGUGCAUUAGCGAUUUUGGAUUUGCCAAGCAAUUAACUCCGGGGGAGAGGCUCAAAGGUAAGGGAAUAAUAUUGUUGUCUUUAUAACUUAAUGGAAGUGUAAGGUAUCAAAAGAUGCAGAAUUGAAGAGGUUAACUAACAACAUAAAUUUUUUGCCAUAGCUUUAUCCCUAUGGUAAAAUAUGCCAUGUUUCCUCGAGGUGACUAAAUUUUCAAUAUUUUCGAAAAGUAACCUAUUUAUGAUUUCCACAGUAGCUCUUACUCGUCUAAUUUGAUGUUUAUUUAGAGCUCUUUGGUACCCCCGGAUACCUUGCUCCAGAAACAUUGAAGUGCCAAAUGUAUGAAAAUGCUACCGGUUAUAGCUUAGAGGUGGACAAUUGGGCAUUAGGAGUGAUUAUGUACACACUUUUGGCGGGACAUGCUCCUUUCUACCAUCGACAACAACUUCGGAUGAUGAGAAUGAUCCAAGAAGGACGGUUUGAUUUCGUCGCAGAUAUAUGGGACUCUGUCAGUCAGGAUGCCAAGGAUUUGGUAAGGGAUUUUCUGUUGGGUUUGUGAAUUUAGAGAGGAAGUUGAAAAAUGGGAACAAGUUUUUUGGGUUUUGGUACAUAAUAUAAAAUUUGAUGUAUUUAAAACCAAAAUGAGAAAUAAGGAGAAGGUGAAUGCUUAAAAUUUACUUUCAGAUUCGUCGCAUGCUGACUGUUGAUGUGAACGAGCGAAUAACGGCCAAAGAAUGUCUAGAGCACCAGUGGAUGAAGGCGGCCGAUGUGGUCCCAAUGAGGAAGAGAUCCGUCGUUACCAAGGAAGUUGCGGCCCCAACUCGCAGAUCUCAGGCCGAACUCCGCUCACUGUUCCGCAUGGCCCAGUUGGCGGUUCGGUUUACAUGGAGGAUCGGGAAUCUUCGGCGGUUGAAACAAAGCCUCGACCGAACAGAACUACGGAUACGUCCGUACAGGUAUACCGAGGUAAGGAUUGACGGGGUUUUUGGGGGUCUUAUGGGAUUUCUUGUGAUAAAAGGUUGAAUUUUGGGCAAAUGUCCAAGUUGACUUGGUUUGGCAUUAUUUUUAUUUUAAUCAUGGGGUUUUUCGGAAUUUGUUGAAAACUUGGUAUGAUACACCUCUGCCAUAGCGAAAGCGUUUGUGAGAAGAACGAUUAUGAGCCGUUCCAUCAGCUGAUUUAAAGAUUUUGCAUUAUUAAAGUUGAUAUUCACGAAAAAUUUUUUUAUUUUCCUCUCUUUUACCUCGUGUAAUAUAAGUUUUUCUAAUUUCUCCCAAUUUCAGGUUCGUCACGAAGCAGAAGCCGCCGCAUUCGCGGUGUUCGGCCACUGGGUGAGCCGUGGAUUCCACUACUCGCGUGACAUGCUGUUUGCGAAUCGUCCCCGGCCCCCCAAAGGCCUAGGUGUAGCGGGCGCUAAAAGCCCGUAG